CAUGGAAGUUAAAACCAGCGAAGAUAAUUUGAAAGUCCAUAAAAUGAAGAAGAAGGUAUUGAGGAAGCAGGUCAGAGCUCAGCAUACGUUGAUGAGACAUGAGGGCAUUGAGUGCAUCUCCCAUGCCACACAGAGCCUGGUUAUUGCCAAUGCUGGUCUCGGUAAUGGGAUGAGUAGACACCAGCUGCUCAGGAUAGUGGAAGAAUAUGGAUUGGUGGAAACACUCUUAAUGCCACCGAAUAAACCAUAUUCAUUUGUGAAAUAUGGGACAACAGAAGAAGCCAAGAAAGCCUUUGAUGCCCUUAAUGGAAAAGAAGUAACAGUGGAGGACUUUGGCCAAACCAUUGUUCUAUAUAUUAAUUUUGUGGAAAAAGUUUUCUGGAAGAAUGCUAUUCCUACAAGCUUGCCUCCAGGCCUAAUGGUCAUUGAGAAGAUUAUUUCUCCAGAGGAAGAAAGGAGGAUGUUGGAAAGUAUUGACUGGAUAGGAGAUGAAGAUACUCAAAAUGCUCAGAAGACUUUAAAGCAUAGAAGAGUAAAACAUUUUGGAUAUGAGUUUUGCUAUGAUAACAACAAUGUUGAUAAAGACAAACCUUUACCUGGAGGUCUUCCUGAAAUUUGCGACCUGUUCUUGGAGAAGUGCUUGAAGCAGGGAUAUAUCAAACAUAAGCCUGAUCAGCUGACUGUAAAUCAGUAUGAACCUGGACAAGGAAUUCCUCCUCAUAUUGAUACACAUUCUGCUUUUGAGGAUGAAAUAAUCUCUCUCAGUUUAGGAGCUGAGAUUGUGAUGGAUUUCAAACACCCCGAUGGCCAUACAGUGGCAAUUAUGCUGCCCCGAUGCAGUUUAUUGGUGAUGGCUGGAGAAUCCAGAUACCUGUGGACACAUGGGAUUACACCCCGAAAAUAUGAUGUCAUUCAAGCAUCUGAGCUUGGGCAAAAAGUUGGAACAAUCACUGCUGAUGUUGGAGAUUUAACACUAAAUCGAAGGGAAACAAGGACAUCAUUUACAUUCAGGAAAGUAAGGAGAAGCCCUUGCAAUUGCAUUUACCCAUCUGUCUGUGACAGCCAGAAAGGACAGCAAAGACAAGUACAACCUUCAUUUCCCCACAAUGAGAUGGAGGCCUCGAAGCUGGAGCAAGAAUAUGUACACAAGGUGUACGAAGAGAUUGCCACACACUUCAGCAGUACCAGGCAUAGCCCAUGGCCCCGAAUUGUAGAGUUUCUCAGGUCCCUACCAAAAGGCUCAAUAGUAGCUGAUGUUGGUUGUGGUAAUGGGAAAUAUCUAGGCAUCAACCAGGAUUUGUACAUGGAGAGGAGACUGGCUACUAUCCGUGAACUAGCCCGGCUUCUAAGACCUGGUGGAACAGCACUCAUUUAUGUCUGGGCAAUGGAACAAGAAUACAAAAACCAGAAGUCUAAAUACCUUAAGGAAAAGAAUGGUGGUAAAGACAAAGAGGAGGAAAUCAAUACUGGCACGGCCCAGAGACCACUUAGUGGUGAAAUGCCUAAUAGCAGCAGCCAAGACUCAGCAUGUCCUGACCGACUCCUUAAUGACUCGAAGGACGAAGGCUGUGAUGCAAAGCCAGUAGCACACUCGAGACUGCCUGUUCACACUAACCGAACCUCCUUUCACUCUCAAGAUUUGUUGGUUCCCUGGCACCUGAAAGGUGGCCCUAAAAAGAAAGGGGAAGGCAUUGAUACAGUGUUGUUUCCAGCUGGCUUGAAGGAAUCACAAGAACUCAGCCCUGUUUUCCACCGCUAUUACCAUGUGUUCUGUGAAGGGGAGCUAGAAGCAGUGUGCAGAUCCCUGGAUUGUGUGAGGGUUCAAAAGAGUUACUAUGAUCAGGGAAACUGGUGUGUGGUUCUAGAAAAGUUGUAGCCGGUGGUGUUUCCUCCACUAUCUGUGGUGUUUUGUUUGGUUUUUACAGUGUGAAAGAUAUUUUUAAUGCAGGCUGCAGCUAUUACCUCUUUUAAAAUAGCAGAAUAAAGAUUGUUUAUUGAGUUAAUAACA